AUGAUUGUUAAUUCAGGAAGCAGUGAUAGAAAAGAGUUCAAAAUACCACUUCACACUCAAGCGGUAGAACGAGUUGUAAAGGAAGUUACUGCAGCUUCUAAGCACGUUUGUGGCGUUCAAGGACGAGAAGGCUUUAUAAGAUCAAGAUUAUUGGACAGAAAGUAUCUUCCUAAGUUUGAAACUAAGCGACAGUAUACAUCUGCUACAGCUGUAUUGCAAAAACAAAUUACAGUUUGCGUACUGACCGCUGUUGUGGCUAAGGCUGACGAAGAAGAUAACUUAUUUGAUCCGUAUAGACUACCUUUACCCGAAAAAGAAAUCGAUGAAUUCGUAUUUAAUUGGUAUAAAUCAUCAUCAUCAUCAUCAUCAUCAUCAUCAUCAUCAUCAUCAUCAUCAUCAUCAUCAUCAUCAUCAUCAUCAUCAUCAUCAUCAUCAUCAUCAUCAUCAUCAUCAUCAUCAUCAUCAUCAUCAUCAUCAUCAUCAUCAUCAUCAUCAUCAUCAUCAUCAUCAUCAUCAUCAUCAUCAUCAUCAUCAUCAUCAUCAUCAUCAUCAUCAUCAUCAUCAUCAUCAUCAUCAUCAUCAUCAUCAUCAUCAUCAUCAUCAUCAUCAUCAUCAUCAUCAUCAUCAUCAUCAUCAUCAUCAUCAUCAUCAUCAUCAUCAUCAUCAUCAUCAUCAUCAUCAUCAUCAUCAUCAUCAUCAUCAUCAUCAUCAUCAUCAUCAUCAUCAUCAUCAUCAUCAUCAUCAUCAUCAUCAUCAUCAUCAUCAUCAUCAUCAUCAUCAUCAUCAUCAUCAUCAUCAUCAUCAUCAUCAUCAUCAUCAUCAUCAUCAUCAUCAUCAUCAUCAUCAUCAUCAUCAUCAUCAUCAUCAUCAUCAUCAUCAUCAUCAUCAUCAUCAUCAUCAUCAUCAUCAUCAUCAUCAUCAUCAUCAUCAUCAUCAUCAUCAUCAUCAUCAUCAUCAUCAUCAUCAUCAUCAUCAUCAUCAUCAUCAUCAUCAUCAUCAUCAUCAUCAUCAUCAUCAUCAUCAUCAUCAUCAUCAUCAUCAUCAUCAUCAUCAUCAUCAUCAUCAUCAUCAUCAUCAUCAUCAUCAUCAUCAUCAUCAUCAUCAUCAUCAUCAUCAUCAUCAUCAUCAUCAUCAUCAUCAUCAUCAUCAUCAUCAUCAUCAUCAUCAUCAUCAUCAUCAUCAUCAUCAUCAUCAUCAUCAUCAUCAUCAUCAUCAUCAUCAUCAUCAUCAUCAUCAUCAUCAUCAUCAUCAUCAUCAUCAUCAUCAUCAUCAUCAUCAUCAUCAUCAUCAUCAUCAUCAUCAUCAUCAUCAUCAUCAUCAUCAUCAUCAUCAUCAUCAUCAUCAUCAUCAUCAUCAUCAUCAUCAUCAUCAUCAUCAUCAUCAUCAUCAUCAUCAUCAUCAUCAUCAUCAUCAUCAUCAUCAUCA